AGUAACAUCACUAGUGGGCCUCUAAUCUUUGUGCGUAUUUAUACGUUUUUCGUUCAACUUAUCGUUUUCAAAUCAUUCCUCAGUUUUUCAUUAAAACCUAAUUAAUUAGCCUUGAUAAUUCAAUUCUAGUGUUCAUUUGGCUGUGAUACAUCAUUGUUGUAAAAAGCGUUUGAAAUAAAGUAUAACAAUGCCUGAUACAUUUACUUGCAUAACCUGCCAGGUGAUGUUCAAAACGCCUGAAUUACAACGUGAACAUUAUAAACAGGACUGGCACAGGUAUAAUUUAAAAAGGAAGGUUGCUUCAAUACCACCUGUUACUCUGGAAGAGUUUGAGCAGCGAGUGAAAGAGCACAGAGAACAGAGUCAGAAUGUAAGCCGCGAUGAGUCGCAGUACUGCAAGUAUUGUUCAAAGUUAUUUAACUCAAAAAAUGCCUUCGACAAUCAUUUGAACAGUAAGAAACACAAGUUAUCUGAAGAACGGUAUGUCGAAAAUAAAGAAGACGAACAAAGUGGUCAUUCUGAUACGGAUAGUUUUGUUAAGGUUGAGCCUAGUGCAAAUGUUUCCAAGGAUCCUAGCAAGUUUGUUAUUGUUUCUGCUGACGACUCCGGCGACGAGGACAUAGAAACAGAUUCCGAAAUCGAAGAGCUUGACUCGGAUGAGUGGGAGGAGUGCCGUAUUAAGGGCAGUGACUCACUGAUCAAGCCAAGAGACUGUCUGUUCUGUGGCCAUCACAGUAAGAACAUAGUCAAGAAUCUCAAACACAUGUCUGAGGCCCAUUCAUUCUUCAUACCAGAUGUAGAGUACUGUAUUAAUAUAAAAGAACUUCUUCUGUACUUGGGAGAAAAGAUAUCACAGGGUUACAUGUGCCUCUGGUGCAAUGAUACUGGCCGUACAUUUUACUCUAUGGAAGCAGUAAGAGGGCAUAUGAUUGACAAAGGACAUUGCAAAAUGUUGCACGAAGGCCUAGCUCUUGCAGAAUAUGCCGAUUAUUAUGACUACAGUUCUUCAUACCCAGAUCAUAAAGAGGAUGGUGAUGAGGAAGAUGGUAUGGAUGUGGAUGACGAAGUAGAAGCACCCACAACACUACAGGGUGAUGAUUUCCAGUUGGUACUACCUUCCGGUGUCGUUGUCGGCCAUCGCUCCCUUAUGAAAUAUUACAAACAAAACUUGACACAGAACAGUCAAGCUCUAGUGAAGAAAUCGGACCGCAAGCUGCACAGGUUACUUGGUGUUUACCGAGCACUCGGCUGGGCGCCCAAGGAACAGGCCUUAGCUGCUAAGAAAGCACGCGACAUUCACUUUAUGAAACGCGUACAGGCGAAGUGGCAGAUGAAGAUGUCUCUAAAGAAUAAUAAGUUCCAGAAACAUUAUAGAGCUCAAGUCAACUUCUAAGCUAUAGUAAAAUUGUUUUUAUAUUUUUCAUACAUUUAAUUAGAAUUAUAAUUUCAUUUGGCACCAUUAUUGACAAUACUUUUAUUCAUAUUGCUAGUUCAGUUUUUUUGUGCAGUUAUUAGACUGGCAAUCUUGCCUCUCAUGUUGGGACUCCAAAAGUGAUGUAUAAAUGAAUUUUAACUGAUUUGAUUAAUAAAUGAAC